CCUCCUCUCCUCCUCUCCUCCCACUGCCUCCUCUCAUCCAGUCCGUCCAUCCGCGCUCUCCGUCAUUUUGCCUUCUCGUUCAUCACUUGUUGGAUGUAUUUCAGUGAUUUCGUGCCUCCUCGUAGUCCUUUUUGUCUUUCUUGAGAAGAAAGACCACCGCGGUGUGUUAAGGUAAAGGCCAUUUUACAGCUUUUACAUGCGCGUAAAAGGCGCUCGUCCUGCACGGUUGCCACUGUCCGUACCUGCAUGAUUGCGCCUGCCGCUGCACUGUUUCGGUGUCCUCUGAUCGUGGCCGUCCCCACGGUCCUGCUCUCUCUGACCUCCAGUCUGCUGGUCCCACGUACGGCGAGAGCGCCGCGUCCUCCUGGCGGCUCCGUGCGCUCUGGACUCCGGCUCAUUGUUGGAGAAGUUCCGCCGCAGUCCCAUGCGCCGCGCACCUCUGCCCUCAUCCUCCUGCAGCUGCGAUAAGAAUGCUGGUGACUUUUCAUGGUCCAUCUCCGCAGGAUUAGCCCGAGUUGGACAAACGGACCAUGUAAACCAGAUCAGACAUGUGCAUGCAGUGUGGCUUUCCAGUGGUGUGACCUCCUCACUUUGAUUUGACCUCUCUUCACCUUUGCAACCUCUGGACACUCUUCUGAUGUGUUAAGCAACUUUGCUGAACAGUUUGAUGGAGAGCUGGUCGGAUGACAGCUGGAACUGUUGUCAUAACCGGAGGAAUACUGGCCACAGUGAUACUUCUGUGUAUCAUAGCUGUGCUCUGUUACUGUAGACUCCAGUACUACUGCUGCAAGAAGAAUGGCUCCGACAGUGGCUCCAUCUCUCAGCAACACUUUGCCUGCAACGCCUGCAGUGUCACUGGCCUCGACGGAUCCAUUGUCACGCCACUGUCGCUGUCGCCGCCAGAGCCGGCCAGAUCUUCCAAACCCGCAGAGGGGCGACGCAGCUUCUGCCCCACCUGCUCGCCCUACGACUCGCCCUUCUACAUUCGCACCACGGAUGAGAUGCGCAAUGGCGGCGAGCGCGUCACCUACAUGCCCACACACUAUGAGAAUCAGGCACUGGCAAUGCCGCUGCCCGCCGUCCGAGGCUCCUUGCUGAGGGAGACUCAGCGAGGGCGGCCUCCUGAUUUCUAUACUAAUACCCGAGCCAUCAGCACUGAGGUGUGAUCGGCCCAAAACCCCCAAACACACUUGCACACAUACACAGACAUACAGUACACACACAUACACACAAACAAGCUAGCACCACAACAGUGAUUUUGACAUCUAGAGCUGCUACCGGUAAGGAUCUGCUGGAUGAAGGCCUGCUGCUGUGCAGGUUACAUGAUCACAUUUAGGGUUUGAGAGUAUUUAAGUGAGGACGGUCUAAAUCUGCUACUGCAGUGAUGACUCAUACAUGUAGCUCCUCAUUUUCAAACCCUUAAAUUAUAAAUGUUCAAGUUCAUAAAGGCAGUAAUUAUAUAAUUGAUAGUAGAUAAAACUGUAGUGACAAAAUGUCUUCUAAGGAAAAUGUCCUGCGUGAAGGGUCUGUUGACUGUUACUGUGACUGACUGACUGAGGGCUAAGUGCUUGACAGACUGAGAGAUAAUAUAUGGGUUUCUCUUGCUGCACAUCUUCCCAAUGACUGCCACAAGGACAAAAAACAAAACUGUACCGCCAAGUAUGUAGCAGCUGUGAAACAACUUUGUCAUAAGCAGGUCGAUGGAGUAUUAAAUAAAGAAGAAAACUCCAAAGAGCAAAGGAAUGAACGGUCAUAAUCCCCCUCUGCAGUUUCUCUGGAAGCAUGUCCGAGUUGCAGGAAAGGUGGAAGAGUGCACAUGACUGGAGCAGUGUCUAUGCAAGCUGUCUGGCAAAGUAAACUAUUGCAGCUCUUCCUCUCCAGGACUGUCUCCUCUUGGCAGUUUUCAUCCCAUUAACUUUUUAGAAGGAAUAAUCUGAGCAGUGUGUGUGUGUGUGUUUGUGUGUAUGUUUGUGCACCCAUAACAAAUGAAAGUGAAUAUUAUACUUAGUAGCAUUUAAAAACUGGAUUUUGAAUACAAUGCACUCUUAAAUGCCACAGUGGUGAGGUUGAAAUGAGUGGAUCAAGUAGCUCUUUAUCAACAGGGAUGCAAAAAGAUUGAAAUGUAAAUAUUAACCUGAAAACUUCUUAAGAGAGAGAGAGAGAUAGAGAGAUGUGAAGUGAAUAUGAUGUAUUUUGAAUGGAGGAGUGUGAUUUACUACUUUGUGCUAUUUUGUCUACACACCCCUACACUUCUGUACUACUCUCAUGUUGACUUUUUGCAAUGCAAUUCACCGUGUCAUUUCUUUUCCCAUUUUAUUCACACUGUGAGGAAAGUCAGAGUGCACAUUUAUGUGAUUGAAAACACGCUCACAGUGCUCAUUUUCUCCUUGACACUUCUCCACCAUUGCUUGCCAUUCACAAUAAUAUUUCCUGUGAUAUUUGUCUUUCUGUAUUUCUGUGAACAACAGCAAUCAGUGCGGCUGUCUGAGAAAAACUGAUUUGCAUGUCGUGAUAAUGUUGGAUAAAGAGUUUUGGACACGCCGAGUGUUGUCAGUACACAAGCAUUAAACUAAAACCACCCUCCCAUAAACAGUAAUAUAACAAAGUUCAAAUUCAUUGAUCAGCUGCAACUUUCUUUCUCGAUUACAUCUUUGUGAAGCUUAAAUAGACACCAACCACAGUGUUAUAUGCUUUUUUUUCUGGAUUAAAUAAGAAGGGGAAAUAAAUUAACAGAGGACUGGCGAAUGUAUGUGUAUGGGCUAGAAUCUUUAAAGAGGAUUCAAUGUAAGAAACCUUUCUCUGUGUGGUCGUCCACUUAUAUAUUCAAUAAUUUCAUCAGUCAUUUAUUUAGCCAUUGUAUUAACUAUAUCUAUUUUACUACUUUACGUAUCUACUUAUCUUUAAACAUGGAAAAAAAAUGGAUUUAUAGAAAUGUUGUUGAAAUUGCAAUCAUAUAUGAUGAAUACAUAAACAGUCAUAUUUGACAAUGGUGUUCCCUUUUGACAAUUAAAGAUUUGUAACUGCUUGAAA